ACUCUGUUCCGCCUCUUUCUUCGUUUAAAUUGGUACGCAGCUGGGAUUGAUCCCGAGUUACUCCCGUAUUCAGCCAGUCCGCAGCUCCGUACACCGGCAGGCUCGCUGCAAUCGACCCGACAAGACCAAGCAAGACAACUAAACAAACAACCAACAAAACAGAUAUACACACGGCUGCUGCUUCAUCAUCUAAACACACCAAAACAAAGAGCUCGGUGUUAUUUUAAGGGUAUAUAAUCGCCUAAAAUGUACGGAGACAAAAACUGAAUCUGUAAAUAUCCUUGUAGAUGCGUGGGCAGAGUAACUCAGUUCAAUCACAGUUUAGUUAGGUUUUUUUGCAGUGCAUUUGUAUCUGAACAGUAGACUUUGCUAGAUGAACCAAACCCUAUCGGACAGCAGACCGCGUUCUUGGAUAUUCUGUAAUUGACUAGGGGGUGGUGACACAUUUAAAUCAGUCCCCGACCCCAACCCCUCCCAUCACCGGCCCGAGUUUCCCCUGGUCUGUUGCUUCUCGCCGGUUGCGUUACCCGGCGCACCGCGCACAGAGAGGGGAAGUUCCGGGCUCGGAUCUGCAGAGCCUCGCGGGGGAAUCGAUUGGAAGGAAUCGGGAUCGUGCAUCGCGAGUGAAUCGGGACUGAAAUCGUGUCGCGACAGAGCAAGCGAGGGAGGCACGGAGCAGAUGCGCACCAGCAAGGUGGGAGCGGGCGCAUUGGUAUACACUGCAGAGGCACGGACACCCACAGAGGCGGGCUGAGUGGAUUCGAGUCCCAGGGAUGGCUGCAACUGCGGCGCCGGGAGAGGGGCCCGAUCUUAUCGAUAUCUACGCCGAGGAAGAGUUCAACCAAGGCGGCGCGGAGGAGGCGGGGUUUGAGGGCGGGGCAGAGCACGUGGAUCUCUAUGACGACGUGCUGACAGGCCCGGUGGGGGGUCGCGAGGUGGCCCCCCCCACCUCCUCGGAGAAGGACGAACCCACCAGGUCUGAGAGCAAGCCAGCCAUCCUGUACACCUACAGCGGGCAGCGGCACAAGAGACUGGCGGUGUAUGUAGGAAACUUCUCCUGGUGGACGACAGAUGUGGAUUUGGUUAAUGCUGCCAAGUCUAUCGGAGUGAAGGACAUCCAGGAGAUCAAGUUUGCAGAGAACCGAGCCAACGGGCAGUCAAAGGGCUAUGCGGAGGUGGUGGUGGGCUCGGAGCCGUCUCUCCACACUCUGCUGGAGGUUCUGCCGCAGCGCAAGGUGAACGGAGACCGGGUCGAGGUGCGAUUCGCCACACGCCAGAACCUCGGCAUGUUCGAGACGCAGGCCAAGAAAUUUGGCGUGUCCCAGAGGAAUCCCUCGAAGGAUGAUUUCGGGGACAAGCCGUCCUGCUCUUCCGGAGAGACCCCACCCCCCUCUCAGCCUCACGCUGACAAGCCACCCUCGCUGCACCCUUUCUACAGCAGACCCCCUUUCCCAGGGGAGCGCCCCUCCUCCUUCCACCCCUCCCCCCAUGCACCCCCCCCUCCCCCGAUGCACCCCCCACAGGGGGAGCCCAGGUUCGGGGCUCUGCCUCCCCCCCCUCCCCUCCACAUGCCCCACUUUGUGCCCCCUCCCCUACACCUCUCCAUCCCUCCUCCCGGCCCCCUCCCGCCCACUCUGCACCUAAACCCCGCCUUCUUCCCCCAGUCCCACCCGGCCCACUCUAGCAUGGCCCCGCCCCCAGCACACGGCAGAGCACUUCAAUCGCGCCCCCCCAGGGGACACCCCAUGGAUGGAUGGAUGGAUGUUGAAGACAUUGUUUGUUUGUCUGUACGUCUUUAUGCAAUAACCCCCCACCCCUACCACCCCAGGGACAGCGACCCCCCCACGCCCUCCCUUGGCGAGGCAGAGUUCGAGGAGAUCAUGCACCGGAACCGCGCGAUCUCCAGCAGCGCGAUCUCGAAGGCCGUGUCGUGGGCGAGCGGGGGGGACCUUGCUGGAGCCAUCGAGACGCUGCUCACCGCCAUCGCUGUCAUCAAGCAGUCGAGGGUCUCGAGCGACGAGCGCUGCAGAGUGCUGCUCUCCGCACUGAAGGACUGUCUGCACAGCAUCGAGGCCAAGUCAUACGGGGUCCAGGAAGCGGCCCCGCUCCCGCUCCCACUCUCGCACUCACUCCUGGGACUCUGCCCGGCGGCACCGCGAGCGCUCUCACAGUGGGGAGCGGCAAGACGAGCAUCACCGCGAGAGAGAGAGAGAGCGGAGCCGCGAAGGAGAGAGGGAUCGGCACCACCAGCACCGGGACCGGGACCGGCACCGCUAGGUACCGCAGAUACAACCAGGGCACCGCUAGAUUUCCAUCCAACACUCACCCCCGACCCCUAUCCCCCAAUGUGAGCGAGAGAGGAGAGGUGGCUGCUUUACCUCUUGAGAGAUGGAUGGAUGGAUGGAUGACUGGUUUACCUCAGAGAGAGCGAGCACAGAUGUUGUUGGGGGGAGAAGAAUGCGGUUUGACAUCAUCAACCAGACAGGCAGGCAGGCAGACCGCUCAUGCACCACAAGACGCAGACACCCAGCAAAAUCAAAUGUGAAUCAAAACAGAGAGUGUGAGGGAGGGAGCUGGUGCCACAGCGCCCCCGACAGGCUGAGCCCUGAACUGCACCCUCUACUGGAAACCCACGGGACUGCUUCCGCUGCGAAAGACUUCCAGUCGCACAUGUUGCUUGAAUGUCAAGAUUUCUCUUUAGUGGUUCUGAAAGUCGAGACUGCGAGUGUUUUAAAAAUCCUGUGCUUGAGGAGUCUGGGGAAGAGCAGAGCUUCUCAUCUGUUUAGCUUGGGGUUGAGGAGAUGGGGGUAAUGGCAGGUGAGCGCAGAGACUGAUCGCUCGUCACAUGAUGUGUAGAGUUUGUCAGAGUGACAGUGUUUCUACCCCUCUGUGACACCACCUCGCUCCCGCCAAUCGAAUCACAGCCCAGUCCCAACUGCUCUGCAGUGGGAGCCCUAUUAUUAUUAUUAUUAUUAUUAUUAUUAUUAUCAUCCCAGAUUGAAUGUAAAGCGUGGCCUGGCUCUCACGCGGUUAUGCGGUGGAGUUUGGAAUCUCCUUGUCAGUUAAUCUGGAGAGUUCUCUGGCUGUUCUGUUGAGUAAAAGCGCUCGCUGUCACCCCCGCAUCUCUGUGCUGUACGAGUCUGUCUGUCGCUGUGGUGAGUUUGGGAGUUUGUUUUGGACCUGCGUUGUGUGUCUCACUGUUAAAAACGUCAGUGACGAAUUUCAACCGAACGAGGGGCUGUCCUGGGGCAGGAUGGGAGUGUGGAGGACUAACAUGCUCUGAAAAAGGAAGUGAAAAUAUAACAAUAAUAAUAAUACUGCCCUCUUCUGUUGAGGUUUUGUAACUGCAGUUAUUUGCAUACACCAUUGAUAUUUACCUUUUUUGUAAAGAAAUAAAGAAACUCCUGAAUCAUUUUCAGCUGGGAUUGAAAGGAGGUGCAAUGUUCUGUCUGCUAGCUGGGUGUGUUUUUGUUUUGUUUUGUUCGUUUUUUUCCUGAUGAAGUUUCUAGUUGAAAUGACCGCUGUGUAAGAACCCUUCUUUUGAUACAUCACUGUGUUUUUUUUUUUUUUUUUUU